AUGUCUGGCGUCGACUCUUCCUCGGCGGCUAGUAGCGCGUCCGCGUACCCACACGCAUCGGACCAAACUAUAGUCGGCUACAUCCUUAUUGCACUCGUCAUAUUCGCAGCUAUGGCUUUGAUCUUUCGGUCCCUCUUCAAACUCGUCAAAGCUGCUCGACGUCUUGAUAAGGCUGAUCUUAAAUCUGCAGCUGCUGUGGCUGCUUCUGAGGGGGAGGUGUCCACGUCGUCUACCUCUGCUGAUGCUGGUGUUGGUAAUCAUAACACCCAGCACCUAACGCACCGCCUGAAAUCAGCCAUCCCACGGCGAUGGGACGACAUCGACGAUAAGCUGGACGAAUUCGAGCGGCUGACGGUAAAGUACUACGGGAACGCCAAACGCUAUGCUGUGCGUAUGUUACAGAACAUGGGCGUCUUGGAGAAGGCGGCGGACGAGGAAGGGGGCAUCGCACCGGACUCACACUCGAAAGCGAAGGCGAAAGCUAAAUGGAGGCUGACGGCUGGAUAUUUCAACAAGACCGGCUCGAGCUCUUCUCAACACCAGGACCAGCAGCAACAGCCGGAAGACCCAGCAAACACGACCACAGACUCUGAUCUGGAGCUCGAUCUCGAAGACACAUCCAUCAUCAAACUCCCCUCCCUCGACCUCUCCUCAACUCCAACACUCCCCUACCAACCCCACCCCUCAAAAGAACACCCAACAACACCCACGCACAAAGAAGUCCGCAGGAUAACAGCCAUCGACAUCCUCGAAGCACUAGCCAAAGUCGGGCGUCUCUCCCUCUCCUUAUCUUCCUACACCAACAGUACAUACACGGAGAAAAUGGACUCGCUACUCCCUCGCGUAUCGCGCGAUUCAAAGGCCUCCUUGGCUUCAACUCUAGAACGCGGGAACACGAACGCGAAAGGCAACAAGGAAUGGAGAAGACUCACUGCGCUUGAUUAUCUGAGUAAAUUCGUCACUAGUGCGGUCCCGACGGAUAGGAAUAAACCGUUACCGCACCGGCCUAUUUCGGUCGUUGGGUCUGUGCAUAGCGGUGUGUCUGUGGAGGAUGUGGUUAUCGGUCCUCCUCCUCCUUUGGCGCUGGCGGUGAUUUCGGAGGAGGAUCUGGAGGGAGGAGGUACUUAUGAAACUUCCGCUUGUGAAGACGACGACGGGAAGCAAGCUGAUUCCGAGACUGAGAAAGAUGCUAGCGCUUUACCCGUUCCAGUCACACGUGCGCCUUCGACCCAUCGUAGGUCGAUGACCCUCCCUUUACAACAAGCCCUACCACACCUCAACCUCGCAUCGGGUCUUCCGUCUUCCUCUUCUCUUUCUUCUUCAUCGAAGACUGGAGAAAAACUCAUUCUUCAGCUUCAGCUUCAGGCAGAAAAAGACGGACAAGUCGUUUCCGAGUCUGACGAAAACACAACAACGACAGAAGACUCAGAGCUUCGCCCAACGUCCGACAUACCCCACAUCACAGCACUCGCGGAACUAGCAGCGUCAAUAGUCGGAGAACACCCGGACGCUCCGCCCAUUUUGGAGCGUGUGGCUUCACUCUCCCUCACCACCCCUCUUGCUUCACCUUUACCGUAUUCCCUUCCUCUGUUCGUUGACACCACCUCCCUUUCCCUCUCCCUCGACCCCACUUCUACUCCACUCCAGAAUCAGAAUUACAACCACCAAGCAGCACCGUCAAAGUUCGCCUGGGCAAGCAACACCCACCGAACCACCUUCGGCCUCAUAACGCGCGCCAACGUCCCGCCUACCCCGCCUAGACUGGCUAUGUUCAUCGGUGUGGGGGAUGGGGGCGAUGUGGGGUUUAGGUCGAAUGCCGGGAGUGUUGUUGGUGUUGGGGGAAAGAAGAGUUUGGGUGCGGAUACGGGGAUCGUGCUUGUCCAGAAAAUAAAGGAGGCUGUGAAUGAGAGCCAGAAUGAGGGACAGAGUGGGAAGGGAGGUCAGGCUGAGAGCGAGGGCCAGCUUGAGGAGGAUCAGCUUAGGAAGGAGGGUCAAGUUGAAAAGCAGGAGGGGCUCCUUGCGAAGGACGGUCCGGCUUUCUUGAUGUCGAGAUUCAGAAAAUCUUCAAAGAAGCCGAGGAAAGCUUUACGAAGCUUGAGUCUGAUGCUCAGUCGGUGGUGA